AUGAGAAACUUUAAUUUAGCGUUGCCAUUCUCCGACUCUGAUGGUGGAAACCAAUCGGAUCACCGGAAAAUACCGUUUUCAGAUGUUAUGGUCACAAAACCUAGAGAUCAAUUUUAUGGUCGAAAAUGGCAACCUAUAGACAUUCAAGUGGCAUUAUGUUUCAAACUCCCCAAAUGGCUCGAGUAUAUGUGUGUUUACUUUGGGGUCCUAGCUGCCCAGGGAGAUCCAAUAUUUUGGGUGAGUAUUCAUAGAUACCAUCACAAAUAUGUGGAUUCGAAUAAUGAUACACAUUCACCUCUUAAUGGAUUUUGGUUUAGUCAUAUGGGUUGGCUUUUUGACAGUGAAUAUAUGGUUGAAAAGUAUCGGGAACGUAAAAAUGUAGAAGAUUUAAAAAAUCAGACAUUCUACAUGUUUAUACGGAAAACAUACAUGUGGCAUUUAUUUGGAUGUGGUGCUCUCUUAUAUGCAUGGGGUGGAUUCACAUACCUGGUUUGGGGAAUGAUCAACGAAAACCAAAUGAAGGUUUGA